UCAACAAUCGCACCGGGAACAUUUUCCGAAUGUUGCACAAACCCCAUUAGCUGUAGGGCUCUGACGGAGUGAGCGGGGAUCAUGUUCAUUCAUAAAUGAUCCGCAUUUUUCCCAGCGAGGAACACCGAUCGAGUUGCAUCCGGAGACUAUAAAAGUACCUUAGACGAAGUUCAAGGGCUUAGUUGUUUACGUUAGUUGAUCAGCUGGAGAUCGCGGGUGAGAUGCACAAUAUUCGGUACAACCUGAUCGAGGACGGGUCUUCACUGGACGAGGUGAUCGAGUCGGUCGUGGCUCGUGGCCCGCAGGAGAACCCAGUACAUAUCCUCAAUCUAGAUGAUGUUGUGGCGAAGCAUCGAAACUGGCGGGAAAAGCUACCACGCGUAGAGCCAUUCUACGCCGUCAAGUGCAACGACGAUUCGGCGAUCAUUAGGACACUGAUCGCUCUUGGAGCUGGCUUUGAUUGUGCAUCAAAAAAGGAAAUCGAAAAGGUACUCAAACUAGGGGCCGAUCCUAACAAGAUCAUCUUUGCUCACACGGCAAAAUCGGUUGACUCGAUCAGCUAUGCCAAGUCGUGCGGUAUCAAUAUGAUGACCUUCGACGGUGAGAUCGAGUUGGACAAGAUCAAAGGACUGCACUCGGAUGCGUCACUUGUGCUGAGAAUACGCUACGAUUCGGCCAGUGCCCAGGUUUCUCUGGGAAAGAAGUUCGGUUGCGAUCCGGAACACGAAGCCCCUCGGCUACUGAAGCACGCAAAAUCACUCGGGUUAACCGUAGUCGGUAUCAGCUUCCAUGUAGGAUCAGGGAACAGCGAUGCAGAAUCGUUUUACGGAGCAAUCAAAGCGGCUAGAAACCUUUUCAACCUUGCAACCGACCUUGACUUCGAUCUCCGUCUGCUGGACAUCGGCGGUGGCUUUCCAGGUGACCACGACAAACCAAUCGACGCGUUUGUCAAGGCAGUCAAUCUGGCACUUCAACGCUACUUCCCGUUAAAGUCCGGCGUUCGGGUUAUCGCCGAACCUGGAACGUACUACGUUGCAUCUGCCGUAACCCUAGUGGCACAUGUGCAAUCGAAAAGGGUCAUCCGAUCGCCUCAUGGCAUCAUCUCGGAGAUCAUGUACUACCUCAACGACGGGAUGUUCGGUUCGUUCGAUUGGCUUAACCCGCGUCGCUAUCCACCGGUUGUGAUUCCCGCAAAUCGUCAGCUAGUUCGUAGCCGAGAUCACUACUCGACAACGUUGUGGGGCCCCACGUGCGAUUCGACGGAUCUGAUCGCUUCCGGAUGGAUGAUGGAGGAACUGCAGCUUGGAGAUUUUCUCGUGUUCGACAACAUGGGCGCUUAUGGGACGGUACUGGCCACCAACUUCAACGGAUUUCCCAAACCGAAGGUGAUGGUCAACGUUAGUCGUUCGACGUGGGAUCAGCUGAAAUUGGGCAAAUUUGAUCGGAGAUUGAAGCGGAGAAACCACUAGUGGAGCGGAAAUUUCCUUUCCGAGAUAGGAUGUGCGUAUUUGGUUUCUCUCUAAAAGUCAUUAGGACUGUGAAAUGCUACGAAUAUUAUAAUGCGCUAGCUGUAGCUAAGAUAAGGUCUUUGAAUGAUUUUAAUGAUGGAUGUUAGAUCGUGAUCGUGAGAAUAAUAACGAAGCUUUAAUUGCUUGGUAGCAAGAUCUGAUUCAUUCAGGAGUAUGUGUAUGAAUGGAUUCUGGAAUGAUGAUUGUAAAUUAUUUGUUAGGUUUAUGAAUUGGAAAAAAAAAGUGAUAACGCAUGUUUCGCAACGAGUGUC